AUGAUCCCUGAAUUCCCGCUACCGCCGGUCGAUGCCGACUUUUACCGGUCUCAGAUCGCCAACCUUCCUCCGCUAUUCGGAGUCGUCGUCCAGACGCCGAUUUAUGCCGAACCGACGACCUUCCUCACCAGGAUCCAGAAUCCUAUCGGUUCGUUUUGCAUUCUCUUCUUGGGGUUUCCUCUUCUGAGUAAGUCAAGGAGUAAGAUCAGUAUGGCUAUGGCUAGGAGUAAGUCUAAAUCGAGUUCGGAACUUCUAGACCUGCUCCUUUCUUCACUUUUUAGUUACUCUAGACCCAUUAGAAGCAAGAUUUAGUACGACUAGGCUCAAAAGCAUCCCCAGAACUUCAAUCUUCAGUAAGUCUAGACUAACUAGAAGCAAAUUUUAAGCGAUUAGAGUAAGUCUAUCUAGUCACACUGAAGAACCUUUGAUUCCGCAGUAAUAACGUCUUCUCUUUUUCAGACUUGUGUCGACCGCUCCGCAUCGCCGCUGUACAACCGGCGAAAUACCGCGUCCCAGCGACAGCCUCGACAAUUUCGUCGCGGUUACAACACCAUAACCGUUCCUCUCUGACGUCUCCGAACCUCGGAAGGAAUCUUGUCGACGUCGCACGGCACGUCUUCAACACCCUAUGA